AGAUCGUCACCUGCUCCGCGGCAUCCUUUACCCCGGCUGGGGUAGUCGCGUCAGCGUCAAACCAACUCUCCUGCUAUUUAAACGACAACUAUCUAGCUUCGCGGUUGAAACCUCAACAGCAACUUUGAGAAUACCACCCAAUGACCAGCAAAAUGGCGUCUUGCAUCUUCUGCAAGAUCAUUAAGGGAGACAUCCCCUGCUUCAAGCUGUUCGAGAGCGACAAGACGCUGGCGUUCCUCGACAUCAACCCUCUGAGCCGCGGCCACGCACUCGUUAUCCCCAAGUUCCACGGCGAGAAGCUCACCGACAUCCCCGAUGAGGACCUGACGGAGCUCCUGCCAGUCGCAAAGAAGCUCGCGCUCGCCACGGGCGCAGCCGAGUACAAUAUCCUGCAGAACAACGGGGCCGGGGCCCAUCAGGUAGUCGAGCACGUCCACUUCCACAUGAUCCCGAAGCCCAACGCCCAAGAGGGGCUCGGCAUUAGCUGGCCGCAGCAGCCGACAGACAUGGACAAGCUGAAGGCACUCUCCGAAGAGAUCAAGUCGAAGAUGUGAAGUGUUUUUCGUCUGAUAUUUUGGGGUGUACAUUUAUAUUUCUUCUUAAAGAUGUACAACAUAAGAUGAUGAGACAAAAAAAUUAGCCUUGAUGUUAUUAGAUUAAGUCCUCCAUGCAGCCUUCCCCUACCCCCUUUUUACAGUUUUCUACCGUCCUCAGCCAAGUCUUCAUCCUAACAAGUCCUACCCGUACGAAGAGAGAAAACAAAAAAAAAAAAAAAA